AAUAGCUGAAGACGAGAUGAGGGUGCAAGUAGUGGUUCUCCUGGUAGUGCUGGGCUGCAGCUGGGCUCGUGGACGAAUUGUGUCAAAAUGUGAACUGAGGGACAAACUGAUUCAGGCAAUCAGCAACCUACCACAAAAGGCAAAGGAGUCAGGACUGGGUGGAGGGAACUUUGUGGCCAAGAUUGUCUGUUUUGCGGAAAUUGCAUCAAAAUUUAACACCAGUGUGAUGACCUAUGGGAUGGGAGACCAUGACAUUCGGGAGAAGAGGGACGUUUCCAGCAGUCUGGCUGAACAGGAGGUCUGGACACUCUAUGGUGUUUUCCAGCUCUGCAAUGAACUGGCCUGCAGUGACGGCACAAACCCAUCACCGAAUGUUUGUCAGAUAAACUGCACCAACUUGAUUGAUGAUGACAUACAAGAUGAUGUCCACUGUCUGAUGAUGCUCUUCGUCCAGCUUGUUGAAAAUGGCUUUGGGGCAGACCACUGGGAGGAGCUAAAGAAAGAGAUCAAACUCAUCUUGCAGGAUAAGUGCAAAGAUAAGCAGGACGCUGAGUACUUUGCUGAAUGCUCAUAAAAGAUUCAGCAAUGAAUCUUAUGUUAAAAAAGAGUGCAUGGAUUUUGAUAAUAUGAUAAAACUAACACAAGCUGCAUCUUAAUAAUGUGUUAAUAAUGUAAAGGUGUCUGGAAAAAAAUGAAUCGAGUCUAUAUGAUGCAUAUUAAAGUGAGUACUGUGACGCAGAGAAGACAGAAAUGUUAACUAAUGACCUAGAUAGAAGUGUGGCCCUGGUGCCAUCAUGGAGCAGCUCAAAGCACAGACAAAAUGAUGAGACUACACAGAUAACAGAGUUUUAAAAUCACCAAAAAUGAGUUAAAUUACCCUCAAAGGAGAUGUGGAUUGGCUAGAUCAGCCAUGUGAUGAGUUUAUUAAUACAGGAAUGUGGUGAAGGUGUCUGAAGGAGAACAGUUAACCAAAAACCAAUAAAACCCAAACCAACAACACUCCUGAUAGGGGAGUGUUUUUAAAACAGCUAGCCAGUAUGUGUGCUUCCUCUUAGGACAUGCUUAGGUCAAAGGUCACCUUAACACCACUUUUUGUGAGUUUAGUGUUGCUUUGAUCUGAUUUCUUCUGUGCACCCAAUAAAGUCUCAGUGUCCUCUAACAUGGACUCUAACUCUAACAUGGACACUAACAUGCCUGUGUCAGUGUAUUAUGUAUCAUUCUUCUAUAAAUGUGUAAAGAAAAUGUUUCUGCUGUUUUCAAGGUCAUAAACAUAAAGUGUCCUUUUUUUUUUUUUAAGUCCCAGACAUCAGAGAUUGAACACUUUGUCAAACAAAAGGCACCAAAGCGACUUGCUUAUUUUAAGAAAAGAAUGUGCCCGUUCAAAAAAAAAAAGUAACCCUGCAUGUAAAAAAAACAAUGACACAAAGUGCACUAAAACAGAUUGGGAUUGGGGUUGGGAUUAAUCAUCCAUAGGUGACCAGCUGGAAGUGAGAGCGCUGUCAGUGUUGCCUCAACCAGCACCAGUUUGUGCAUGUCUUUAAGAAACCCACGACACUGACAAAAAGACGUUUCUGCUACCCUGGAAAGGAGACGCAGAUCAGCCAAUCUGCCAUUUUAGAGAAAAGGUCAAAUGACUCCAUGUUAACUUUACAACAAGAAAACCCACAAUCCUUUAUGUAUUGUCUGUUUUUUUGUUGUUGUUUUUUUUAACACAGUGCAAGAUGUGAAAACUGUUUUAAAAAAAAGCCUGCAGCAAACGUGGCAAUUAGAAGUUGUCUGAAGUUGAAAAAGUCUUUACACACUGACUUUAUGGGAUGGAAAAAAAUAAGGAUUUUUUUGUUCUUGGUCUAUACCUGUUUUUCUUCCAUCUUCUUCUGGGUGGAGCUAGAGCCUAUUCCAGCUGCCAUAGGGUAACAGGCAGGUGCACCUUCUGUCACAGGGCUAGCACAGACAACCAUUCACACCAGCAAUCAGUUUAGAAUCACCAACUAUCCUGAUUCAGUGCAUGUCUUCGGACUGUGGGAGGAAGCCAGAGUACACCGAAAGAAGCUCCACAGACACGGGAAGACCAUGCAAGCUCCACACAAAGAUCCCAGCCUGGAUUUGAACCCAGGAGCUUUCUGCUCUGAGGUCACAGUGCCGCCACACCAACACGCUACUGUUCAAGUGCUGUAGUUUAAUAAUUUUAGGUGUUCAAUAAAGAAGA